AUGGGCAGCGUGGUGCAGGCUCACAAUCGAGCAGUAAACCUCACAAACACACUCCUCACAAGGGUUACAGAUCUGGAAUUGGAGCUCGAGGAUGUCUCCAACCGCUCAAGGAGAAAUAACCUGCGCAUUCGCGGCCUGCCGGAAUCGGUUGGGGAAGCGGACCUUGAAGAGACUCUAGUCACCUGUUUUAAGCAGAGCCUCCCAGACAUCCCAGAACAUCUUGCGUUCCAGAGGGCCGAAGAAUAG